UGACUAAACACUAGUAAUUUACUGUUAAUUGUUGAUCGUAACGCCUAUGCCUAUCAUUUCCAACUUUGAUUGCCUCUUCAAUUUCAUCUUCGUGCACCAAAUAAUCAAACAAAAUUCAGCAAACAGUUUCUGAAAAAUCCCACAAUUUCUUCUUAAUUCACUUGAACAAAAGCUUUUCUCUUUAGCUUUUUUGAAGAUGAACGAUCUUCUCACGGACUCGUUCGUUGAAGAUACCAAAGGCAACACAUCACGAGAGCCUGAUAUAGAGAUGGGCCCUCGAUUUACUAGGAGUAGCUCGGAUCUGUCCUUGGAAUCUUUCAACAAGCAGAUACAAGAGGUUGAGAAGCAGGUGGACAAGCUCUCUGUUUUGCUACAGAACCUCAAGGAAGCCAACGAGGAGUCAAAAUCAGUUACCAAAGCAUCUUCGAUGAAAGCUAUCAGGAAGCGCAUGGAGAAAGACGUUGGUGAAGUGGGAAAGAUAGCACGCGGUAUUAAAGUGAAAAUCGAGGCACUAAACAAAGAUAACAUAGCUAAUCGACAGAAGCCUGGUUGUGGAAAGGGGACGGCCAUUGAUAGGUCAAGAACGAACUUGACAAAUUCCUUGACGAAGAAAUUUAGAGACCUCGUGACAGAGUUUCAGACUUUGAGACAGAGGAUUGAAGAGGAAUAUCGUGAGGUUGUUGAGAGACGAGUAAUAACAGUUACUGGAAGUCGACCAGAUGAAGAGACCAUCAAUAAUCUCAUUGAAACCGGAAACAGUGAACAGAUAUUCCAGCAAGCGAUGCAAGAAUCCGGACGAGGCCAGGUGAUGAACACUUUGGAGGAGAUUCAGGAGAGGCACGACGCUGUAAAGGAGAUCGAGAAGAAGCUCCUCGACCUUCAUCAGAUCUACCUUGAUAUGGCCGUGCUAGUCGAAGCUCAAGGAGACAUUUUGGACAACAUCGAAAGUCAGGUGACGAAUGCAGUCGAGCACGUCCAGUCGGGGACGACUGCGCUUCAGAAUGCGAGAAGGCUGCAGAAGAGCUCGAGAAAAUGCAUGUGCUUUGCCAUUAUACUUCUCUUAGUAAUCGUAGCUAUUAUAGUGCUCAGCGUGAUCCAACCAUGGAAAAAUUGACAAUUGCUCUUUGCAUAUAGCUUUUUGUAUUCAAGAGUUCCAUAAAUUCUAUAGGUUUCAUACGAAUGUGUAUAAAUAAGUGGUAAAUGUUGUCACAAAUAUUUUUUCUAGCUGGAGAUUCGAAAAUAAGAAGUAUUCUUUUAAUGAUUUUA